UUCCCCACUGCCUUUACAUCGGCUCUCCGUCCUCUUUCGCGAGCAGUCACAAGCGCAGCUUCUUCAGAACGCACCCGUCUCUCUGCUGCAUCUAUUCAGUUUAUCUGUGCCGCAGCCAUGGGGUUAGGGAAGGCGUUCGAGCCUUUACUCCCCCUCUACUUCCCCACCCUCCUAUCUCUCUGUGCUCGCCCCAACAAAGUAUUCAUAGCCCGCGCCAAGACUGGUAUAGCUACCAUCAUUGAGCAGACACAGCUCCCUGCUAUCCUCUCCUUUCUAAUCGAACCACUCAAGGAUAAGUCAGUCUCUCUGAGGUUGAUUGCCAUUGAGGGCCUGCUAGCUUGCCUCAAUUGCUUUAACCCUCCAGACCUGGAGAAGGAGUCUCGUGCUCGUGAGAUAGAGACUGCCAUCAAGAUCACCGCCCAAGAUGCUAGUGGUGAUGUUCGAAAAGUAAGCAAACAGGUGUUUGGUGCAUACAAGAUCCUCCUUCCAAAUCGGGUGGACAGGUCAGUG